CGCGCAUGCGCUCAGUGGACAAAAAAGACUGGAGGUCGGAGGAUCAGCAGCAGGAGAUGAAGAAGUAUCUCGUCCCAGCUGGAAAGGUGCUUUGUGUCUGAAAUGUUUUCUAUUGUAACUCCGUGAAAUCCCCUGGAACCGGGGUGCUGAGAACACACCACCAUUUGUUCACGAGAGAUCAGUCCUUCAACUGCAUUGAUUGACUGCCUCUGACGUCUGACGAUCAAUUGAUCGAGAACUGUGGGAAGGGAUUCACUCACUCAUCCCACCGGCAGACACACACUAGAACUCGCACUGAUACGAGGCUGUUCACCUCCUGAGACUGUGGGCAGGGAUUCAUUCAGUCAGCUGACUUACAGGCACACCAACACAUUCACAUGGGUGAGAGGACAUUUACUUGCUCAGAGAGUGGGAAGGGAUUCACUGGCUCAUCCAAUGUACAGAGACACCAGCAAGUUCACACUGAGGAGAAGCUAUUCACCUGCUCUGAAUGUGGGAAUGGAUUCACUCAGUCAGCUGGCCUACUGGCACACGAGUGUGUUCACACUGGGCAGAGACCAUUCAACUGCUCAGACUGUGGGAUGGGAUUCACUGGCUCAUCCAACCUACAGAGACACCAGCGAAUUCACACUGCGGAGAGGCCGUUCACCUGUUCUGUGUGUGGGAAGGGAUUCACUCGGGCAUCCGGCCUGCAGACACACCAGACAGUUCACACUGGGGAGAGGCCGUUCACAUGUUCAGACUGUGGGAAGGGAUUCUCUCUGUUAUCCCAUCUAAGAAGACACCAGUCAGUUCACACUGGGGAGAAGCUGUUCACCUGUUCAGAUUGUGGGAAGGGAUUCACUCAGUCACCUGACCUACUGGCACACCAACACAUUCACACUGGUGAGAGACCAUUUACUUGCUCUGAAUGUGGAAAGGGAUUCACUGACUCAUCCAACCUACAGAGACACCAGCGAGUUCACACUGGGGAGAAGCCGUUCACAUGUUCUGUGUGUGGGAAGGGGUUCACUCGGGCAUCCGGCCUGCAGACACACCUGCCAGUUCACACUGGGGAGAGGCCGUUCACCUGCUUAGACUGUGGGAAGGGAUUUCCUUGGUCAUUUCAACUGAAGGUACAUCAGCGAAUUCACACUGGGGAGAGACCGUUCACCUGCUCAGACUGUGGGAAGGGAUUUACUUACUCAUUCAACCUACAGAGACAUGUGCGAGUUCACACUGGGGAGAGGCCAUUCACCUGUUCAGAUUGUGGGAAGGGAUUUCCUCGGGCAUCUGAUCUGAUAGUACACAAGCGAUUUCACACUGGGGAACGGCCGUUCAUCUGCUCAGACUGUGGGAAACGAUUCACUAAGUCGUCUGAUUUGAAAGUACAUCAGCGUUUUCACACUGGGGAGAGGCCGUUCACCUGCUCAGAUUGUGGGAAAGGAUUUACUCGGUCAUCUGACCUACUAGCACACCAGUCAGUUCACACUUGGGAGAGGCCUUUCACUUGUUCUGUGUGUGGGAAGGGGUUCACUCGGGCAUCCAGUCUGCAGACACACCAGACAGUUCACACUGGGGAGAGGCCGUUCUCCUGCUCAGACUGUGGGAAGGGAUUCACUCGGUCAUCUUCUCUGAAGGUGCAUCAGCGAACUCACACUGGGGAGAAGCCAUUCACCUGCUCAGACUGUGGGAAGGGAUUUAGUCAGUUAUCUCAUCUAAAGGUACACCAGCGAGUUCACACAUAGUAGAGGCCAGUCACCGAUUAUGUGGAGCGAUUUGCUCAGUAAUCUUAGCUCAAGGUACAUCAGUGGGUACCCAGCCUACAGACGCACCAGACAGUUCACACUGCGGAGAGGCCA